UCAACUGACACUUCUACAGAAACAUCGAUUGACACUUCUACAGACACAUCAAUUGACACUUCUACAGAAAUAUCGAUUGACACUUCUAUAGACACAUCAAAUGACACUUCUAUAGAAACAUCAACUGACACUUCUACAGACACAUCGAUUAACACUUCUACAGAAACAUCAACUGACACUUCUGCGGACACAUCAACUGACACUUCUACAGACACAUCAACUGGCACUUCUACAGAGACGUCAACUGACACUUCUACAGACACAUCGAUUGACACUUCUACAGACACAUCAACUGACACUUCUACAGAAACAUCAACUGACACUUCUACAGAUACACCAGAAUCAACAUCUGAACCUACACCUGGAACAUCAGAAUCUACACCAGUAUCCACCACUACACCAGAAACGUCUGAAACUACACCAGAAACCAGCUCUACACCAGAACCAACGUCUGAAACUACAUUGAGAACCACCACAACAGAAACGUCUGAACCUACACCAGCAUCCACUACCACACCAGAAACAACUAGGCCAUCUACAACCACAAAAACAACAGCAGAGACAGAUACCACUGCCAUUUCAACAGCACCCAUAGUAAUAACAACUCCAAGAACAACAACAACAACACCAACAGUACCUCCCUCACUGAUUGAAAAGUGUGAUGAAGAUUUCUAUAAUGCCGUAACAGCUGGCCUUCUGAACCCUAUUUAUUCUGAAUGUGAUGUGAAUAACUUCGAACGCUGUGACAAGAUCGGCGACAACACAUACGGCUGUGGUUGUUUGUCAGGUUAUGAGAAGAACAAGAAGAAUGAAUCUUCUGUGUGUGCUGAAGUUAAGGAGCAUCCAUCGCGAAUGGUUGUUGAAGAGAAUUGGGAUCAGCAAUAUUGCGACAAGAACUCUACACUCUACUUGGUCUUCGUUCAAAAUAUACAGGAAGUGUACAACAUGGCGGGUGCCAGUGGUAACUUAGGCGACAUCUACCAGCGCUUUGAAGUUGAGUCCAUCGCACCCGAGAGCAACCCAAGUGCCUGUUCUCAGACCACGAAGCACAGGACUGGCUCAAGAGAAGCCCAAGCACCUUUUCGGACGCCGAAAGAGGAUGAAACGUUGGUGGUCAAGGGGAACGUGAUCCUCCGGGACACGUCCACCUAUGGGCAGGAUGUCGGGGACAAGUUCCAAGAUGCCUUAGUGACUGUGGUUGGAAAUGAAACGAUAAUGGAACAAGUCAAUAUUACUAUCAACAGUAGUGCCAUCAAAGUAGAAGGUGCCCGUAUGCUUUUGUGUGGGGUUGACAAGACUUGCGACGAGAACAGGGAAUGCCUAAACCUCUUCUUUCCGGAGAAGAAUGAGACAAAAGGCGUCUGCCGCUGUCGACAGGGCUUGCUGGACAUGUCGCCAUUCGGCCAAGAGGAAGGGGAAGUUUGCGUCCAGGGAUGUACUACUGAAUUCUGUGUCCAUGGAGAGUGUCAAAUGGACGAGAGGAUAUUUCAGCGGUCUUGCAGCUGCUCGAACUGGUACUUCACGGGUACAAAAUGUACAUGGGAUAUGAGAAUUGUGAUUGGAAUGUGUGCCACAGCGCUGGUCAUCGGAAUAUUACUGGCAGCACUUCUCCUGUAUCGUAGAAGAAGAGUGCCACAGCAGGCUGGCAGAGAGAGCGCCAUCACACCCCAAUUGCAAGGUCAAGUUAAUGAAGGGUAUUGGACACUGAAGCGGGACGACGCCUUCGAGAGAGAGGACGAAGCGUACGUGUGGGCGGCAGCAGCCAAUGUGGCCGCCUUCGAACGACAGAGGCCAUGGCAGGAACGACUUUUGGAGAUCGUUGGUGACGAAAACCCACAUAUGCCAAAUGAUGGCCCUGUUCUUCUACCUCGCCUCAGCAUCAGACAGAGCGUAAACGUCCAACCACGCGCCCUACAAGCCUUGGACCUGCAGGGCUGGGAAAGGAAAAGGCCUAACCCUCCCAUGAUCUCUCUCAGACAAGGAAUUCGACAUGGGUCCUUGGAGGAACUCUACUAUGAAGCUGGCCGUUUUUGGGAGUAAAAGUAAAAGGUACAAACUUCCGCAUGCCCUAACCUAUGCAAGAUGAAUAGUCGGAGUCUGCACAUUACAUGAUAUACAUGGUAGUAAAAAUUAAUACGAUUUGUAGAAUCAAUAUACAAAUUUGAAUAGUGGACAAUUACCAGUUGGCUAGUACAAAAAAUAAAUUUGUUAAUUUGGUUCUUAUUACCAUUCAUAUAUGCAUCU